UGUGAAGACUGCGAGUCCGCGGAAGAGUCUGCUAAUGACCAAUGUGAUGCAGACCCUGCUGGAGAAGAGGAAGUCACAAGGUUGAUUGCAGAGACUGUUGAGCAUUCUGACUUCCCAAUGUUUGAGGACAAAGCUGUGACUGUUUCAUCUGGAGACUUUGGCUGGAAAUUUCUCGAUAUGCUAAAUGAGAAAAAUGUAAACAGUUCCACGGGACUGCCCUCUCUUGACCUUCUGAAAGAAAUUGUUACAGCAUAUGUUGAAAUUCAGCCCGAAACUGCAAAGCAUCGACUUUCUGGUAAAGAAAGAGUUGUACUAACACUGCUGAAGCUCAAGCAUAAUCUGCCGCUGAACUUCUUGAGCAACCUGUUUGACUGUUCAGUGUCAACGGUAAGCGAAAUAAUUGUAUCGACCGUACCAAUUCUGUCAAAAAUGCUUUCCUCUGUUGUGACCAUGCCAUCAAAAGAAGAAGUCCUAAGCAAUAUGCCAGUGCACUUCGAAAGGUACCAGAAAGUCCGUUUGGUGCUAGAUUGCACGGAAAUUCCAGUCUCCCAGCCAAAGUGCUUAAAAUGUGCAUUACGGGUGUACUCGUAUUAUAAAAAAGGGUUCACAUGUAAGUACCUGAUAAGCGUAACCCCAGCUGGUAUCAUCGCUAAUGUGAGCAAAGGCUACGGUGGCAGAGCAUCGGAUAACGCAAUAUUUGCAGCAUCUGGCAUCUUGGAGCAGUUGCUACCAGGCAUAGACGAAAUAAUGGUGGACCAGGGAUUUCUCAUUGAUGAGCUGUGUGAAAACCACUUAAUCGGACUUGUGAGGCCGCCCUUCAAAGGUAAACAGAAACAACUGUCGAAAGUCCGAACACAGAAAAUUGCUUGUGCAAGGGUGCACGUAGAGCGAGUCAUUCAACGUAUGAAGACGUUUCGAAUACUGACUACAAAGGUGUUGUGGAGCCUUGUUCCACUCUUGGACGACAUAAUGGUAAUUGUUGCUGGUGUGACAAACCUUUCACCUUCUAUUUUGGCCGAUGAGAAGUUCCUAUGAACGCCUUGCCCCUGUGAUGCAUAUGUUUCUGCACUGAAUACUGCGGCCCCAUAUGAUGUGAAGCCCAUGGGAAUGUAAAUACAAAUUAUGCUGUAUGUAAUAAACAAGACAAAUGACA